UCACAGGAAGAGCAUGACAGAUAUAGCGGCAAGUGACGCCGCUCUGGUAAAUGAGCGAUUGGAAAUUGAAGUAUCAAAUCCAAAGGUCGAUGUGGGCGCACACAAAGGUGGCACAGAUGUUUCUCACAUCGCUGCUGAACCCAAGAAACUUACCAAAAAGGAGCAGGCAGCCAGGAGGAAAGAGGAAGCAGAAAGGUGUUUCCAAAAGCAAAGGGCUUUAUUUUCGGAGAUAGACAAACACGAGUUACACUACGGGUGAGUAUCGAUACAAGUACAACAACCUGACCACUCUUGACCAGCUCUAACCCUGGUUAUACACAAACGGCACGUUCGGCAUUUAAUCAGUUCGUCAGUUUGUCCAUACUGAUGUACGCGGAGUAGCUCGAAUACGCCUAAUUAUUCCAGGCCUUACAGAUCUGAGUUGCGCCAGAGAAUCAAGCUACAAGCUAAGAUUCGCCACAAGAGAGUGGGCUCGCCUCUCCACAUGCUAAAUUUCAUCAGCAUGCCAUCAGCAUACCAAUAGCAAUAUCAUUCGGUUAAUGGCGAAGCCAACGAUUACAGGUGAGCAGCAUGUGUUCCUCUUGUUGAGAGGCUAUAAUAAUGCAAUAGAAGCACGAUUCCACCCGACACCACUUCUGAAUAGCUAUCAACUGGUAGGGAGAAUGGCCGUUAGAAUGGAAACUACUCAUGCCUUGUGAAUCUGCGUGGCGCUAGCCAACCGUUUAAAUUACGGUCUUGUAGUUGAAUUUGGUUCUGAUUGCCAAACAUUAACGAGUUCUUCCGGAAAUAGCGAUGCAAUGUCGUACUGAAUUAAAAUUUUCCUCUCCGCUCCGC